AUGCGAGCACAAAACGGGCGCAGCAAUCCCUGGUCAAUAAACUACAUCGAAAUCGGCAACGAAGACGACUUCACCGGCGGAUGCGACACAUACCCAGAUCGCUUCUACCAAAUCUACAACGCCAUCAGCAACAGUUACCCCAACAUCACCCUCAUCGCAUCAAACAUCGACUUCCUCUGUCUCCCGAUCGACUCCCCACCCGGCCUGAUAUACGACUACCACUACUAUCGCAAACCAGACGACCUCGUCGCCAUGUUCGAUUAUUGGGACAACCAGCCGCGCACACAACCAAUCAUGGUCGGUGAAUACGGGUGUCGAGAUACCGACGAGGCAGAUGGAAUCUUCUGGUCCUCCAUGCAAUGCAGCUGCAGUGAAGCGGCGCAUAUGAUUGGGUUGGAGAGGAACUCCGAUGUGGUGAAAAUGGCGGCUUAUGCCCCGCUGUUGCAGCAUUUUGGGUAUACGCAGUGGUCGCCAACGCUCUUCGGCUUCGACUCUAGCCCCGACUCUCUGACUCCCUCGACGUCAUACUAUGUUCAACGGAUGUUCUCUACAAAUCGAGGGGAUACGAUUCUUCCUGUGAAUACAACUGCCACGUUUGGUCCGCUGUAUUGGGUUGCGUCGAGGACGAAUAGUACGUAUUUUGUGAAGUUGGCUAAUUACGGUCCGAAGAAUCAGAGUGUUCGGGUGAAGGUGCCACAUACGAAGACGGGGCAUGUAGAGAUGCUGUAUGGGUCGCAGAAUGCGACGAAUUACGUGCAUAAUAUUACUGUGCAGCCGACGGUAAAGAACGUGACUAGUUCAAGCGGAACGUAUUCGGUGGAUAUGCCGCCGUGGGGAGUUGCUGUGUUGUCGGUGUCGUGA